AUGAGGGAGGUCCUCGACAGGGACGUAGUGAGGAUCGCUCGUCCUGUCCAAAGAGUUGAUCUGCUCGUCUCCGGCUUGGACGACGCAGCUACCGCCGCCGAUGUCACUAAGGCGGUGGCAAAUGAAGGCAGCUGCCCGGCCACUGACAUCCGGUCGGGCAGAAUUACGGUGGGCCCCAAGGGCGCACGGAGUUUGUGGCUCCACGUCCCCAAUGCUGCCGCCAAGAAGUUAGUUGCUUCUGGGCGGCUACAGGUGGGAUGGGUCUUGGCAAAGGUGGUGCUGCUGGCCGCGAGGCACAAGCGGUGCUACCGAUGUCUGGACACUGGCCACCUGGCAUCGAGCUGCCAGUCCUCGGUAGACCGUAGCGGGAAUUGCUUCCGUUGCGGGAAGCCGGGGCACAAGGCCGCCGACUGCGCGGAGGAGCCUAGCUGCUUCUUCUGUGCAGAGCACGGCAAAGAGAGCCGCCACGUGCUGGGGACUAAAGGCUAUAUCACAGCAGCCAGCAAGCCUCCCGGCACGAGGCAGAAGCGUAAGGCUCGGCCACGUAAGCGGCCUGGAGCCGAUACGGCCGGGGCGAGUGACAUCGCCCCCGCUAUGGAGGUGGAAGCCUAG